CUGAAAGUGAAAGUAUAGGCUCAGUUUUAGGUGCGUCAUUUUGCACCUGGACAGAGCUAGAUCCGAAAAAUCGAAAAUAUACGUUUUAAAGCCGGAUGUUUUUGCUUAAUUGUAGCCUGAUAUUGAUAUUUAAUUAUCGCUUAUGCGGGAAUUUCUACUUGAUGGCAUAUAAACCUGUUGAGAAGCUGUAACGUCACAUUUCGUUCAAGACCUACACAUGUGCAGCUCCAUGAAGAUUGACUGAAUCAUGGAGGAUAAACAAACAUCCAGAGAUGGAGAUUUUUCUCCAGGACACAGUGAGAGAUCAGACUCACCAGUGUCCAGCUGUGUGUCCAUGAAGAGUAUGGAGCAGCCAGGAAAACUGGAGGGAGAACACACAUCAACUGAUCUUAGUGACAGAUCAAACCAACAGGAGUCCAGCUGUGUGUCCAUUAAGAGUUACAAAUCAAUGGAACAGCCAGGAAAACUAGAGGGAGGACACAAAUCUACUGAUCUGAGUGACAAAUCAAACCAACGGGAGCCCAGCAGUGUGUCCAUGAAGAGUGAUAUGUCUAUGGAGCAGCCAGGAAAACUAGAGGAUAGACAUAAAUCAACUCAUCUGAGUCAAAAAUCAAACUCACCGGGGUCCAGCUGUGUGUCCAUGAAGAGUGACCAAUCUGUGGAUACUUCAAAAACAUUUAAAAGAAGACACACAUCAACUGAUCUGAGCACAUUCAGAUCAAAUCUGGUGAAGAAGUUUGAGCGUCUGUAUGAAGGAACAUCAAAGCAGGGAAACCCAACUCUCCUGAAUGAGAUCUACACAGAGCUCUACAUCACAGAGAGUGAGAGUGGAGAGAUCAAUAAUGAGCAUGAGGUGAGACAGAUUGAGACACAAUCCAGGAGAGCAGCAACAGAGGACACACCAAUCACAUGCAAUGAGAUCUUUAGAGCUUUACCUGGACAAGACAAACCCAUCAGAACUGUGCUGACAAAGGGAGUCGCUGGCAUUGGAAAAACAGUCUCUGUGCAGAAGUUCAUCCUGGACUGGGCUGAAGGGAAAGAGAAUCAGGACUUCCAGCUCAUAUUUCCACUUCCUUUCAGAGAAAUCAAUCUGAUGAAGGACAAAACACUCAGUCUUUCAGAUCUUCUUCAUGUCUUUUUCCCUGAAACCAAAGAAAUGGACAUAUCCAGUGAUGAAUAUAAAGUGUUAUUCAUCUUUGAUGGUCUGGACGAGUGUCGUCUUUCUCUGGAUUUUCAGAGCGAUGUGAGGUUGUGUGAUGUAAGUGAAUCAGCCUCAGUGGACGUGCUGCUGAUGAACCUCAUUGUGGGGAAACUGCUUCCCUCUGCUCUCAUCUGGAUCACCUCCAGACCAGCAGCAGCUGAUCUCGUCCCCUCUGAGUGCGUCCAUCGAGUGACAGAGGUACGAGGCUUCAAUGAUCCACAGAAGGAGGAAUACUUCAGGAAGAGAAUCAGUGAUCAGAGUCUGGCCGAUAUAAUCAUUUCACACCUGAAGUCAUCAAGGAGCCUCUUCAUCAUGUGCCACAUCCCAGUGUUCUGCUGGAUCUCAGCCACAGUUCUGGAGAAGAUGUUCAGUGAAGCAGAGAGUGGAGAGAUUCCCAGGACUCUCACUCAAAUGUACACACACUUCCUGAUCCUUCAGACCAACAUCAAGCAAGAGAAGGACUAUGAGAAGAAAGUCAAAGAUGAAGAUAUGAUCCUCAAACUGGGGAAACUGGCUUUUCAGCAGCUUGUGAAAGGAAACCUGAUCUUCUAUGAGGAAGACCUGAGAGAGUGUGGCAUUGAAGAGACAGAAGCAUCAGUGUACUCAGGAUUGUGCACUCAGAUCUUCAGAGAGGAGCUUGGCUUGAAUCAGGGGAAAGUCUUCUGCUUUGUUCAUCUGAGCAUCCAGGAACAUCUAGCAGCUCUAUAUGCACAUCAUUUCUUUACAAAGACCUGCAUAAAUGUGUUUGACCAAACUGAACAAAAUCUCUUCUUCAAAGUUGUAACCCGGAAGAAAAAUAUAUAUAUAUUUGGCCUGCACCAGAGAGCUGUGGAUAAGGCUUUACAGAGUAAAAAUGGACAUCUGGAUCUUUUCCUGCGUUUUCUUCUGGGUCUCUCCUUGAAGUUCAGUCAGACUCUCUUAAGAGAACAACUGACACAGACAGGAAGCUGCUCCUACAAGAAAGAGGAAACAGUUCAGUACAUCAAAGAGAAGAUCAGGCAGAAUCCCUCUCCAGAGAGAUCCAUCAAUCUGUUCCACUGUCUGAAUGAACUGGGAGAUGAUUCACUGAUUCAGGAGAUCCAGGAUUAUUUGACAUCUAAAAAAAUCAAACAAAUCAAACUCUCCUCUUCACAGUGGUCAGCUCUGGUUUAUGUGUUGCUGACAUCAGAGCAGAAGAUGGAAGAGUUUGUUCUAAAAAAGUUUACUGGAUCCCAAAAUACAGCAGAUGAAGUUCUUCAGAAGCUGCUGCCUGUGAUUAAAGAAUGCAGAUCAGCUCAGUUGUAUGAUUGUGGAGUCACAGAUGAAGGAUGUGCUGCUCUGGCUCCAGCUCUGAGAUCAAACCCCUCACACCUGAGAGAACUGAAUCUGUCUCUAAAUGAACUAGGAGACUCAGGACUGUAUCUGCUCUCUGAUCUGCUGAAGGAUCCUCACUGUAAACUGGAAACACUGCAGUUGAAUCAUUGUGGAGUCACAGAUGAAGGUUGUGUGGCUUUGGCUUCAGCUCUGAGAUCAAACUCCACACACCUGAGACAACUGAAUCUGUCUAGAAAUAAACUACAAGACUCAGGACUGAAGCUGCUCUCUGAUGGACUGAAGGAUCCUCACUGUAAACUGGAGAAACUAAGGUUGUGGGGUUUUGGGGUCACAGUUGAAGGUUGUGCUGCUCUGGCUUCAGCUCUGAGAUCAAACCCCUCACACCUGAGAGAACUAGAUCUGAAUUAUAAUAAACUAGGAGACUCGGGACUGAAGCUGCUCUCUGAAGCACUGAAGGAUCCUCACUGUAAACUGGAGACACUGUGGUUGAAUGAUUGUAGAGUCACAGAUGAAGGUUGUGCUGCUCUGACUUCAGCUCUGAGAUCAAACCCCUCACACCUGAAAGAACUGAAUCUGUCUGGAAAUAAACUAGCAGAUUCAGCUGUGAAGCUGCUUUCUGAUAUGAAAAAAGAUCCACAAUAUGGACUGCAGAAGUUUCUGUUUUAGAUUUUAGUCUGAGCUUCUCUGGAUCACAUUCAACAGAAUCAACAGACACAUACCCAUAGGGAUCAUCACACACGGAUGUGUUUGUGGAACUUUCCAAGUCAAACACAGAAACCUUUUGUUUCUUCUUCAGAACUGACAUUUGUUCUGGUGCCCCAUUUUACAUCAUAAUUUUUCAAGCUGAUUGUGACGAUCGGUGUAUCUUCUGUUCAGUUCUUAUUACAAGAGGAUUUCAACCCAACAUGUGCAUAGCAUUGGGUUAUAGACCGGGGCUCUCAUUUAUAAAACUCUCCGUAGAUUUCAACCUAAAAGUGUACGUAGGCACAAAAGCUAGAUUUUGCGUACGCACAAAAGUUUGCAGAUUUAUAA